GUUGUGAGUCAAAAGCAGCAGCAUUCCCUCACGCAUUGACGUUAGCUGGUAGGGUAGUGUCCGCUAUCUACCCAUCGUGAGGAUUUACAAUGUUGUUAGAUGUACUACAGGGAUCAGAGGCUGGGGGAUUUAUUGUUAUUCAAGAUACCAUACAUUGCUCUGGACGAGAACUUCUAAAAUGUUUUGUAAAUACAGCCUUGAAGCGGGAGGACGCUGUGCAUAUAUUGGGAUUUGAAACCAGCGAGGAAGAACUGCGUAAUGGGCUGGACAAUAACUGUGCACUUAAACUUCACUUUCACAAUGGCUACACCGAUCCACUUGGCUGGACCAAUUGUUCACUGUUCACUGUGAAGCAGUUCACCACGGAGCACAUAGGUCAGCUGCUCAAAAAGUCGACAAAUCCCAAAGCCACGACAUUGGUCAUCGACUCCUUGUCAUGGAUUUUAAGGCAUCACAACCCUGUGACUGUCUGUCAAAGACUCCAUGAGCUCAAAAAAGGGGGAUCAGUAAAGGUGAUCAUAGCUCUUUUGCACUCUGACUUACAUCAGCGGGGCAUUGUUGGAAGUAUAUGCCACCUGGCUACCACAGUCAUCUCUGUUACCCCAGGGAAGAGAGAACGCAGUGCCAUGGCUAAGACAACACGACGGAGCAAGUCAGGCAAAGUUAUGCAAGAUGAAGAGUUCUUUAACGUCACAAAGGAUUACGCGGUCACUGUGCAGUCCAGAUCCUCGUACCCUGAACCCAGACAGACUGAGGCAGAGACAACAGAGGCGGAUCCGACGGCAAACCUUACCUUUAAUCUUCGAUUAUCAGAGAUGGAGAGAGAGGCUAAAGAAAAAGUGGCACUACCUUUUGUUUUCAGUCAGGAAAAGAAGUCAGCUCUGCUGAAGCCUGUAAAAGGUUCUGGGCGAAUUCUUUAUGAACCAGAUGCUAAUGAUGACUUUGACCAAGAAGACCCAGAUGACGAUCUCGAUAUCUGAAUGAACUAACGGCUAAAGGGGUCAUAUCCGGAGAAACCUCUUCU